AUGGCGGGCGACUUUAACUACGUCCAGUGCCCUCUUCUCGAUCGGUACGGCAGUCACCGAUCGCACCGAUCGGAAAGCCCUGCCCUGGACGCGGCAGUUGCGACACUGAGCUUGGCGGAUGCGAGAGAUCUUCGGGAUCAUGCGGAUGACGAGGGCACUGGCGAUCCUACUGAGCAUUUCACUUACUGGAAUGGGGACCGUGCCAGUCGCAUCGAUCGUUUCUAUUUGCCUGAGGGGUGGGUAGGUCGCGUGCUGUGGAUUGAAGCGCGGGUGCCAUCAAAUCAGUCGGACCAUCAGGAGGUUGUGCUACACCUACGUGACCUGAACAAACCUCGUCCGUCAAGCCGGCAUGGGCGUGUAACAUAUCCGAUUCAUUCAUCGAACCCUGGCAGGAUCGUUGACGAACUCGUCGCGGAAAUGGACGGGAGGGCUAUAGGUCAAAGCGUUUCUACCCUCACUUGGGACGUGGAUGUCACAGAAUGUCAACAGUGCGUUCGACGCAUCCGUAAGCGGGUCAAACAGCGCAGAGCGCGAUUUCGUCGGAAGAUUCAGGGCAGAGCUCGGCGACCUCUCCUCACCCGGCCGCAAUUUAUCUCCUGCAAUAUGGAGGAAUUACGGCAGGAACAUCUGGUGCGACUGGGCCAGAAGCUCGCCAGUACGGCUGACCAGUUGCGCUAUUUUUACAAGCGGGUUGCCGACUGGGAACACAAUCAAACAGUCACAACAAUUUCGCGCAUCCACGGCCCGCAUUUUACCCGGGAUAUGAACGUUGCGGAUAAAUUUGCCUCCGAAUGGUCUACAGUCCUUGGCAAAGUUCAUUGCCAGGAGGAGAGAGUGGACUUGCCAUCAGCCAUUCGCCGUUUUGUCAAUCUACCCACAGACCGGGUCUUGUCUUCUGCCGACAACCGGGCUCUCUUGGCUGAUUUUUCGGAAGCGGAAGUCCUUGCAGCCGUUUCUGGGCUCAGUCGACAGAAGUCUGCGGGACUGGACGGGAUCAACAACGAUUUUUACAAGGAUACGUCUGCACUUCUUGUCCCCGCCCUGGUCCAGCUCAGCAAUCAAAUUUUGGCUGGAGCUGAUCCCCCGCCUUCGUUUCUCGAAGCUUUGAUCAUACCCUUGCGUAAAAAGGGAGACUCGGCGGAUGCGAUGGAUUACAGACCGAUUUCUCUACUCCAAACCAGUUACAAGAUCUUUGCGAAAGUGCUGGCCACACGACUGCAACGCGUAUUACCAAAAGUCAUUGGUGUCUCGCAGCAAGGCUUCGUACACGGACGCCAGAUGUCUAAACUAGUGUUGAUGAUGCUCGCUCAACUGGCGACAUCAACAUCGGAUACAACUACAUCCGCCGACGACAGCCGAGUGAUCCUCCUACUGGAUUUCCGCAAGGCUUAUGACACGGUCGAUCGCGAAUUCCUGUAUGAGGCUCUUCGCCAAUUUGGUUUCGCGGAAAGGUAUGUUCAGCUUAUAACUCGAUUACAUACUGGUACUACGGCCGCGUUCCUUGUAAAUGGGGAACAGUCUAGUCCCAUCUCCAUCGUUUCCGGUAUCCGGCAAGGCUGUCCACUCGCCCCUUUGCUUUUUCUCGUCGUGGUGGAGAUAUUGGGCGUUGCGGUACAGCAAUCACCAGAUUUGUCUGGGCUUCCUGUCCCUGGACGACAUCCGGCAACGCACAUUUUCUCGGCGUUUGUGGAUGACUCGACGAUCUUUCUCGAGAAGGCCAGUCAGCUGGAGCCAGCGAUAGCUCUUGUCUCUCAAUUUGGGACCCUAUCAGGGCUAUUUGCCCAACCCUCCAAGAGUCAGAUCAUUUGUCUUAAUCGGGCUGUGCACGUAGCCGACAUGCGGGGCAUUCCGGUCCUUCAACAGGCGGACACGGUGAGAUACCUGGGCUAUCAAGUCGGACUGAGUCUUUCACACAAUUGCAACUAG